UAACUGUGUCUACACGUGAAUUCAGUACAAAUCCAGUCUAACACAGCUUUAGUCAUUACAUAGCACGUGUAAAGUGAUUUAGCAAACAUCAAUGUUAUAAAAUACACAUUGGCGGGAACAUAUCCAGUAUUUUUUUUUUAAUUUUUAGCGGCAACAUCGAUUUUGGUAAUUAAUCUGUGAAAAAGAAAAAAAACUGUGAAAAUGAAAUUAUCCACAGUGUUUUUUGCUAAAAGCGCAUUAAAAACAUUUAUACAAGAAACGGAAAGAGAAGUAACUAUAAAAGCACCAUGGGGCAACAUAAGAGCCUUAUCCUGGGGCAACCCGUCCAAUCCCCCAGUAUUACUCUGUCACGGCAGAAUGGACGCGUGCACCUCAUUCCGUCCCCUGGCCAAUUUGCUGCCAGAUUCUUUGUUCUACGUGUCCGUUGACUUGCCAGGGAACGGUCUCUCCGAUCACCUGCCCAAAGGGGUACAAUACGGUAUAUUAGAUUUUAUACCUACGGUCCUGCAGAUUAAGGAUCAUUUUAAAUGGAACAACUUCACGUUCGUUGGACAUUCUAUGGCAGUUAUGAUUGGAAAACUAUACAAUAUAACGCACCCCGGCGUCAUUUCCCGUAGUGUAGAUCUAGACCCUUUCCCGGCCUACUUUACGUUCAAAUUCGAUGACUUGCGGCCGUGGUACAGAUAUUUCUAUGACGGUUUCUACAGCGAAGAUAAUUACAAGAAAAUCAAUGCAGGAUUGGAAACUGCAAGGAAAUAUACAUAUGAAGAGGUUCUUCAACUUACAAUGAAGGCUAGAGGAUUGUCAAAGGAAGCAGCUGAGGAAAUUCUAGAAAGAUCUCUGGUACCCGCGGGUGAAGGUCUAUACAGAUUAACAUAUGACCAAAGAAACAAAACUAUAACCGCGCCGCCAUUUUCAGCUGAUAACGUUAAAUUAAUGUACACCACACUAUCUACACCGACUUUUUCUGUUCUCGCAAAAGAAUCAAUAAAAAAUGGCCUAUAUAGCAAAGUGCCCUUCAUUAUGGACGAGAAGGUGUGGCCCAAAAACAAUUUUAAGUUCAAAAUCGUGGACGGAGGUCAUGAUGUCCACCUGGAGAACCCUCGCUGCAUGGCAGAGGAUAUAUCAAAGUUCCUGCUUCAAGGAUAACCCAAGCCAUAUAAGUUAUUUAGUACCCCUUUUUAGUAAAGUUGCUCGGACGGUGGAGUAUGAAAUUUCGCAAACUUAUAGUUUAAAUAGAUAAGGAGACCAGAAUGUUAAUACUUUUUUUUUUAAUCUAUACAUAUAUAUAAAAUUGGAGUAUCUGUUUGUAAUAUCGAAAUAACAGUUUUUUACUACAUGUAUAUGAAUAUAAAUACGGAACAUAUACCAAAAUAACAUUUUUACAAUUUUUGUCUAUUUGUCUGUCAGAAGACAUUUUUUCUGGCCAGUUACUCACUGCACUGUUCUAUACAUAUAAAUAAAAUCGGAGUGUCUGUUUGUAAUAUUGAAAUAACCGUUUUUAUACUACAUGCAUAUGAAUAUAAAUACGGUACAUUCACCAAAAUAAUAUUUUGUACAAUUUUUGUC